CAACUCGCAGCGCAACUGCGGGAAGAAGUUCUGCGACUCGGCGGCUCCCGACGGGUGUCAUAUGACCCAAGAAAGAUGGCCGCAGAAGGGCAGAGUGGCGAGGUACCUGCGGCUGAACCGAGAGAGGAGUUUGAAGUCGUUGAUAGCGCCCAGAUCCCCAGUGCGUCUGAGUUGAAAAGCGAUGGCAAAGAGAAGGGGGGCCCAGAUGCCAGCUGGUCCGCUCCCAUCUUCUCCCUGGCCAAGAGAGCCUCGGAAAACUUGGCAGUGAGCUAUGGAAACGCUCUGAAGUCUGCAGCCUCGGUAGGACUCAUUCCCAAACCAGUCAGCAAUGACAGCCCAGCAAAACAAACAGCCAGAUCCCACACAAUGGAAGAGCGUUCCAAUCUUGUGAAUAUGAUGAAACUGAGCAUUAAAGUCUUAAUCCAGUCAGCUUUGAGUUUGGGGAGGACUCUUGAUUCUGACUUCCCUCCUCUGCAGCAGUUCUUUGUUGUUUUGGAACAUUGUCUCAAGCAUGGACUUAAAGUUAAGAAGAGUUUUAUUGGGCAGAACAAAUCAUUCUUUGGACCUUUAGAAUUAGUGGAGAAACUUUGUCCAGAGGCAUCAGAUUUAGCAACAAGUGUCAGAAAUCUGCCAGAAUUAAAGACUCCAGUCGGAAGAGGCAGAGCGUGGCUUUAUCUUGCUGUGAUGCAAAAGCAACUGGCAGACUAUUUGAAAGUACUCUUGGAUCACAAGUGUCUCUUGAGUGAAUUUUACGAGCCCGAUGCCUUGAUGAUGGAAGAAGAAGGAACUGUGAUUGUGGGUCUGUUGGUGGGGCUAAAUGUCAUUGAUGCAAACCUCUGUUUAAAAGGAGAAGACUUGGAUUCCCAGGUUGCAGUGAUUGAUUUUUCUCUAUACCUUAAAGACACACAGUGCAGUGACAAUGGCAAGGGAGAUGAAGGAAUGACUGCUGUGCUUGACCAAAAACAUUAUGUGGAAGAACUUAAUCGACAUCUAAGUUGUACUGUUGGAGAUCUUCAGAGCAAGACAGAAUGCUUAGAGAAAACAAAUUCCAAGCUCCAGGAAGAGCUAUCAGCAGCAACAGAUCGAAUCAAAGCACUUCAGGAAGAACAACAGGAGCUAAAGCAGGAAAACGAAUUAAUUCGUGAACGCAGUGAAAAGCAUGUUGAGGUCACUAAACUGGACACCAAAGUGGAACUGGAAACCUAUAAACAAUCACGACAAGGCCUAGAUGAAAUGUAUAGUGAUGUCUGGAAGCAAUUAAAAGAGGAAAAAAGAAUUCGGAUGGAAUUGGAAAAAGAAUUGGAGCUUCAGACUGCAAUGAAAACAGAGAUGGAAAUUGCCAUGAAACUCCUAGAGAAAGAUACGCAUGAAAAACAAGAUACCUUGGUUGCACUUCGCCAACAGUUGGAGGAAGUUAAGGCUAUCAAUUUGCAGAUGUUCAAUAAAUCCCAGACUGCAGAGAGUUCUUUGCAACAGAAAAAAGAAGCAAUAUCAUCCUUUGAAGGCAAAACAGAUCAAAUGAUGUCUUCUGUGAAGCAAAUGGAGGACAGACUGCAGCGUGCAGAGAAGGCCAGGCAGCUUGCAGAAGAGAAAAAUGUCAAACAGAAACAAGAAUUGGGGAGCAAAAUUGAGACUCUGAAGCAGCAACUAAUCCAGCUGGAUAGCAACUGUUCUAUUAUUGAGAGAGAGUUAAAAUCUGAGAAAGAACAGCGACAGAGUCUGCAACAAGAGUUACAUCAAGAGAAAGACACUACAGCUUUGCUGAAAGCAGAACUGCAGCAAGUAGAAGGUUUGAAAAAAGAAUUACGAAAACUGCAGGAAGAGAAGCAGCAGUUAGAAAAGAUCUGUGAAGAGCAAGAACAAGCCCUUCAAGAAAUGGGGCUUCACCUUAGCCAAUCAAAACUGAAGAUGGAAGAUAUUAAAGAAGUAAAUAAAGCAUUAAAGGGCCAUGCAUGGCUAAAAGAUGAUGAAGCAACCAACUGUAAGCAGUGUGAGAAAGAGUUCUCCAUUUCAAGAAGAAAGCACCAUUGUCGAAACUGCGGUCACAUCUUUUGUAAUACUUGUUCAAGCAAUGAACUCGCACUUCCAUCAUAUCCAAAGCCUGUACGAGUUUGUGAUACCUGCCAUACUUUACUGCUUCAGAGGUGUUCGUCAAAUUCUUCCUAAAUUAUUAUAUUCCAGAAUGUUAAGAUCAGAGAAUGAACCUAAAUUGUAAUAGUUUUUUAAUAUUCUAAAUUCCACCAUUCUUUAUCAUAUAUGGCACUGUAUGUUAUAUUCAAACAGGACAAGAUUUAAUUUAUAAAAAUGGGAUACCAAAAUCAUGGAAACUAUUUUUGUAUAGAUUAAAUGCCAGCAAAAUGUCAUAACCUAAAAUACACUAUAUUUCAGGUGCACCAACUUUUGUUGUUGUUAAGCUCCAAAAAUCGAUUGUUUGAAUGUUAUCUUUAUACUUCACAUUUAUAGAUUUGCUCUAAAACAAAUUACUUUUCUGAACAAUUAUUUCAUGGAUCUAUCUUCUUUAACGGUUCACUUAAUUUCUGUAGAUAGUAAAAGAUGAAAAUGUUAGCAUCUCAAAGCUAAAAAAGCAGUGUAUGCUUGGAUGUGCCUUCUAAAUCUUUCAAAAGUGAACAGAAUAAAGUUUAUAAAUUAUCUGUAAAAUAGUGAUUAUGCAAUAAAGUUGACCUGCAUUUCUGCUAAAUGUUCCUUAAUGUA